CCCGCGACAUCCCCGCGACCGGCGGGAGGCGGCGCUGAACUGAGAGGACUCCAUGAGCCCCGCGGAGGCGGCGGCGGACGGAGAGGACCGCGGGCGGUGGUGGGGCCGCCCCGAGAGGUCAUCAGAUGGCCAUCUCACCAGAUACAGAGGAGUUUUUCAUAAACUGGUUGGGCCAGGAGGUGACGGGGGCCACCCUGGGCAUCGUGGGCAUGGGUAGGAUCGGCUACAAGGUCGCUCAGAGGGCCCGGGCGUUCGAGAUGAUUCUGUACCACAACAGGAAGUGCAGGAAGUUGGAGGAGGAGGAAGCUGUUGGGGCCACAUACUGUGAGAGGCUGGAUUAUCUGCUUCAGCGAUCGGACUUCGUGAUGUUGGCCGUGGGCCUGACGCCGCAGACCCACGGCCUGAUUGGAAGGAGGGAACUGAGGCUGAUGAAGCCACUGCUAUUCUCGUCAACAUUGGCAGAGGUCUGCUAGUGGAUCAGGACGCACUGCUGGAAGCACUUCAAACUGGGGUUAUCAAGGCGGCAGCACUGGAUGUGACAUACCCGGAACCCCUGCCCAAGUGACAAGCCACACAACCCACAGCCCCUGGGGUGGCCAUGGCCCUCAGACAGCAGUGCUUGGACAGGACUGCAAGGUCUCGGCCUGGGAGGGGCCUGUGCAGGCAGGCCUGGGGACAGGCUGUCCUCUGCUGACACCUCCAGGGACAGGGCUCAGUGGGCUUUGGCACCAAAUAGUCCCCCUCCCACUGACCCUGGUCUGCUCUGCAGCAUGGAGGCCAACUUUGGUUUUCUUCCCUUUUACUAACUGCCACGCAUUCUAAAACAAUUCCUCUCUCAUCUUAGUCUUUUGUCUGAGGCUAAAUACCUUCAUGUUCUUAAAUUUUAGCCUAAAUAAUGGCAUUUCUAGACACCUUCUCAUUGGGACUGUCCUCUAGCUCUUCAGUUUUAAGGUCCUCUCAAGAACCGAACACAGUAUUUGCGUUGUGACCUGGGCCCUGCAGAAAAGUCACCCAAAGUCUAUGUCGGCAGCACGUGUUUUCAGAGGCCUUGUGGCACCCUUACUUAGCUCAUGAAGCUUUUAGUUAGCUAAAACUGAAAUUGUUAUUCCUUCAAUUGUUUUUUAAGUGUAUGUGUGGAAUUUUACGUUUAUUUCUAUUUAAUUUCAUUUGCUUCUGUGCUUUGACCCAAAGAUCAGCCUGUUACGGCUAGAGUCUUGAUUUUGUCAUUUAUUUUGAAAUCUUCAUGCUGUCAUCCUUUAAACUAGCUGUCCUACGGUAGCUUUCAUUCCUCCAGCUUUGAUUUCUAUCCAGUAAACAAAUUAUAGUCAGCUGAAUGAUAUUACAACCAAAUUUAAUAUCUAAAUUUAUCAAGAUUGACCAUAGAACUUACAGACGUUUCUGAGAAAAAUAAUUUAUUUAGAACAGUGUUUCUUAGAAGGUUGUCUGGAUCAAUAGUUUUGAUCUGUGAAGUCAAAACUGUUUUCAUAAUACUGUAAGAUGUGAUUUACCUUUCCACUCAUGUUUUCUCAAAAGUAUCGUAGUUUUCCAGUGACAAAUGACAUGUGAUGACUUUUAGCUAAAGAAAUGUGUGCUUCUGUAUUAUUGUAUUAAUUUUUUUUCAUUUUUAAUUUCUAAUACAGUAAAUGUUGACAGAUAU